AUGCCCCCCAAAAGCAACCACUACUCGACAGUAUCGCACUCGGAUACCUUUGAUGAUUCCACUACUGAAGUCGACGAGUCACUCAUGGGCGAUGAGAAGCAGUGGCACUCAAUAGACCUGAACGUAAAAGGGAACCAGGGAGGAAGCACUUGGAAACAGGUCAAAAUUCUCUUGCGGAGAUAUCGCUGGCUUAUCGACACACUUCUCCUCCUCACGAAUAUUGGUCUCUCGCUAGGACUGUCGUUAUUGUUGUACUAUCAAUUUGAAGACGCUAAGUUCCCUUCGCGAAUGACACAAAUUGGCGGCGAUUACACAGGCGCUGGCCCGCAAUUCCCGAUCGAGAUCAAGAAAUUUGAUGCCGACCAUGCCGUGGUGCCUCCCAACGCAACAGAAUUUCUUUCCGAAGCUACGCUGAAUCAAUGGCGAUCGCUUUUGCCUGCUGGUGCCGGUUGGAAAUCCGAGGACGACGGUCCUUUCUUCACCACUACCAUGACCCAUCAAUUGCAUUGCAUCUUCAUGAUGGGACGCAUCUACUCUGGAAUGGUCACCAACAAGACUGACAUGUCUAGAACCGAGGCUGAUAUCCAUUUCUAUCACUGCAUUGACUAUCUGAGACAAGCAACCAUGUGCUCAGCGGAUCUGGCACUUGAACCACAUCUGAUAACGGACGCGGAUGACAACGGGCCUGGAGAUGGUAGUUGGAACGGCAUGCAUGUCUGCAAGAAUCACGAUCAAGUGAUCAAAUACGUAGAUCGGCAAAUCAAGGAAGGAGUUCGUGUGGUUCUGCCGAUAGAUGACUGA